AUGGAGGAAAAAUACGGAGACCGCACGUUGUUACAGGAUACAGACCAGGCAGCGCAGCCGCGAGCUGAUAAAGCUGGAGAGAGGGGGGGGAGCGUUGGCAGAGAAGAGAGCGAUCCUGGAGGCUCCAAUCGCAAUGUAGGAUCCAAGGAUUUGAGCCCUGAUGAAGAUGAGGAGAAGAAUCAGGACGAGCCUGAGAUCUCUGGCCAAGCUAAGUCAGCAUUGCCUCAGACCACCAAGAGUCGGUCCACUGGGCUAGCGUGGGGGAAGAAACAGAGAUCCCAUGAUAGCAUCUUGACCGAAGAGGAUAAACCUGGGGCAAAGAUGGCCUUGAGCCAGCAAGAGAUUCCGCCUCCACGGCGGCGGCGACGGCAGCAGUUACGGCAGCAGCAUGACGAGCAGCCGGAGCCAAAGAAGGGCGAUGACAACAGUGCACUAAGGUUGCGGCUGGACCUAAACCUCGAUAUAGAGAUUGAACUCAAGGCGAAGAUCCACGGAGAUAUCACUCUGACCCUACUGUAA